GCAUCAUACCCCACCACGCAUCAAAGCCUCAUUCAUUACAGCAAGGCGCUGCACCAUCGACAAAGCUCAUAGAUCAAGAAUUCCAGAUGACAGACAGAUGACAGAUGUUUGCAUGAAAAAUGGAAAGAUACAGGGACGGUCUAAAAAUUAACAUUCUUCUUACCUUCAUCUUUGGAUUUAAUAGCACUGGUCUUCUCUGUGCAGCAGAAGGUAACCAAGAUGUCAUGUCAAACACUUUAAGACAGUCUCUUCAACACUGAAGUAUUUUGUGCAUGUGUUUUCUGGUCUGUGUUCCAGACCACAAGUACCACGCUACAAUGCUCCAAAGUACAAGCUGGCAUGUUUGAAUGAUUAUGUGGUCACAAUAAGCUGUGUGCUGAACAUCUCUAUAGAUCCCCUACAUGAUGGAAAUGGCUCCUAUUGGCUGGAAUUUGAAAGGGAAGACAACAGAAAAAAGUUUGAAUGCCCACUUGUGAACCAAAUGGACCGUUACUGCUGUACAGUUAACUCAACAGAACGAUUUAUAGAUUCUGAACAUUUUGUGAUCUUCUGCUUCAACAAAAACGCUGAUAAAUCAGGUAAAAUGGAAAUGGAUAAAUCGUACGAGCCAAAGCAUAAUAUAAAACCGAUUGCUCCCAUCAACCUUACAGUCCACUGGAGUUCCAGUCACUAUCAGUUUACUUGGGAUAGUGGCUAUGAGAAAUAUAGACCAAAAACAUUCAUGGAAAGACUGAAAUACCGCCUCCAGUACUAUAAGCAUGGACACCCAGACAGUGCAAAGACAAUACAUUCAGGUAAUAAGACACAGCACAUUGAUGGCUCUAACUUUGAACCAGGCACGGAAUAUAUUGCAAAAGUGUGCUCCAGUCCUGAUCAGGACUAUUACAAAGGGCAUUGGAGUGAGUGGAGCACUGCAGUUAAGUGGAGGACCGAUCCAAGUCCAGUUUUAGAUGCAACACCCUCUGCAAGAACAGUAUUGCUCUUUAUUGGCUCUUUUUCCUUCCUAGCAUGCAUGCUAGUUGGCGUGCUGGUGUGUCUUAAGAGGUGCAGGAUAAAGUUACACUCCCAUGUUCCAACUCCAGCCCCAUAUUUUCAGCCUCUCUAUAGUAACUACAAUGGAGAUUUACAGAGCUGGCUUGUGUCGCAAAGCAAUCUGGGAGAGCCAUUCACUAUGGAAGAAACCUUGAAAAUUGACCCUUUGUUUGAGGUCACACCCAUUGUAAAUGAAGAACGGUUCUUACCACUUACGUCCAGCAACCAGUACGUUAAUGUCUGUGGUAUGGUCAACCAGGACAAUGUUGGCACGCCGCCAUCAGCAUCCAUCCAGAAGUCCAGCUUCGAGGUGCUACGCCACCUGUCUCUGGAGGAAAUGAGCACCAGUGGGGAUGACUUGGGCUGUGAGGGCUGGAUUCACAGCCCAGCCAGCAUCUGGCUGCCUGGCACAGGGUCAUCACUUGACCCACAGAGCAUGUGCUGCAGCAAAGAUUAUUGUAUCCUCAUUGACACCAACAACGACCUCAUCCUCAGCACUGGGAUGGAGUAAGCCACAGGCCCAGGAAGCUCUCCCACUGAGGUCAUUGUGCCACCAUAGGUGUGUGUCUCAAGCACCAAGAAACGGCCCUAUCAUCCCUGAUGGAAACAGCUGAGGGCAGAUGAUACACCCUGAGCAGCAGUGCAUUUCAUUCCACCUUAACAUGGUGUCUAAAACAUGCUGUCAUUUUAAUCAAAGGUCUUUGUCUAAUCAAUGACCAUAAGGAAAAAAGUGCAGUGACUACUUCACACUUGGAAUGUUUCUGAAAUGUCUAAAUACAAUUUAGGUCAACAGCAUCCCUUUCUUUAUUAAUUUUGUUUAACUAUAUCUUGUUUGAGAGAUCUUACGAUAUAGGCCUUAAUAAGAUCAAGCUUUAAAACAGAAAUAAUGAAAGAUGAUAUAGUUUUUAAGUGAAGAUGAAUCUAUUAUAUUUUUACUAUAUAUCAUACUAAUUUACUAUAUUUUAAAGAUUUAGAAUAUUCUGGUUUGUAAUUAGGACAUCUGCAUACUUCACCAGAGGGAUCCUGUUUUACAGGGCAAGCAGAAUUGUAUUACAUUUCUUUGCUCCAAAUGUGUAAUUGGAAUGGUAGGUAUGCCAUGGCAGGUAUGCCAUCCACCAAGUUACGGCUUGGUGGGGCAUGUCACGUGCCUAUACAGCUCUGACGGUUUGGCACUUUUCUGGGUUUCCUACAGAAAUAACCACAAUGACCACAGACUCUAAGCCCUUAAGCGCAUUAACUUCUGUACCUUCUGAUCUCAUUUAAACACACAGAAUUCAGACACAAAUUCACAUGCUCACACAAUAAAGCCCCAAACUUGGGUUAUUUUGCAUUU